UGUUUGACCUAGAAUCUAGAUCUAGUUCACAUCAGGGCAAAUGAAGUCGAAACGUGAAGAAACAAUCACCGCUUUAUUUGACAUGUGUAGUCAAUACAGCACGAUAUUGACCUACUAUACUAACUAUGUUGACUUAAGUAUCAAAAACAUUGCACACAAAUCUAGAUCUAGAUGAUAUAAAAUCGACUUAAUCAGGCCCAACUAGAUCAAGAUCUAAUAUCUAGUUACACCUAGUCUAGUGAACAGCCUACCAAGGACACAACUCUAGUCUAUGCUGCGCUGUCCAUUCAUGCUACGAUGAGUGAGACUUAUUUAAAAUUUAAUAUUUAUUGAACUAGGCUAGCUUCUAGAUCUAUAAUUCUUUUUUACCAGAUCUAGAUUAGAUCUAGAUUAGUUUUUGAGUUCAAACAGAACAGUCAAGGCUAGGCAUGAAUUCACAAACAUUGCUCAGAACUUGUUUUUUCAUAAAUAUUAAACAAGUGAACAAGUCAUUCAAAAAGGAAAUUGUUGUGAGACCUUUGAUAAAAAGAAAUGUUGGUUCAUUGUCUUCACCAACUAAACACAGUAAACAGUUCACUAGUAAGAAAUUACUUGGAGGCCUACACAAUAUAAAAUUAAUAAAUAACCUGCAUCAACCUCAGACUAUUUCAUCUCCAACUCGGCAUACAUCCAAUUUUACUGCUACUAAAACUAUGACUGAUGAACAGGAGAAAGCUUCUAAGGAAAUAUUUCACAAUGUCAAUGAAUCUGAAGGAUGGUUGACCAUUGGACAGUACAGUAUCUUUGGAUGGAGUGUUUCUGGUAUGGAGAGUUGCAUUGUAAUAAAAUCUGAUGAUGUUCAACUUGCAUUUGAUAUGGGGAUUGCUGUACCAGAGAGUAUAAAAUCUGCGAAUGUUUUUAUCACGCAUGGACAUGUAGAUCACAUUGGAGCAGUGAUUGGCCACUUGUCAAAGAGAAGUCUCCUUGGAAUGAAACCAGCAAAAUAUUAUGUACCUCCUAUCUUGGUUGAAUCUCUAACCACAGUUGUUAAAAGUCAUUUUGAAAUGGCACAGGCCAUGGAAACUUUUGAGCAUGUCAAUAUCCUGCCAAUUAUCCAAGAAGAUGUGGUCAGGCUUAAUAGCAGAUAUUUUGUGAAAGCUUUCCCAACUAUUCAUCGCAUCCCAAGCCAAGGUUACAUUCUUUACAGGGAAGAGAAAAAGCUGAAACAAGAGUACAAAGGGAUGCAAGGAUUUGAAGUGGCAGCUUUACAUAGAGAAGGGAAAGUUAUCCAUGAUAUUGUCAUAACACCAGAAAUUGCAUACUGUGGAGAUACAACAUUUGACAUCUUUACCAACCCUCCAACACCAGACCUUCUCAAUGUUAAAAUACUCAUUACUGAAACAACUUUUCUGGACGAAGAGAGGGGUAAAAAUAUGGUACAGAAGGCUAGAGACAGAGGUCACACUCAUCUUUCUGAAUUAAGCCAACAUGCUGACCUCUUUAAAGAUGUCGGCCAUAUUGUUUUAGUUCAUUUCUCCAACAAGUAUCCAGCCAAAUAUAUUAGGGACUGCAUUUACCAUAAACUACCUCCAGAAUUAAGAAUCAAAGUGACGCCAGCUACAGUAGCUAAAACUACUGUUGCUUCCAGUUUAUAUUAAUUAAAACUGUAAUGUCCUAGUACAUUCUUGAAUAAAGGGGGAAAAAUGAC